GGGCGAAUAUCUCAAGAUUGUUUAGGUCCGUGACUAACAAACAUGGAGGCAAACUGCACGUUGGUUUGCUGUGAAGAGGAGAGAGAAACCGAUAAAGCUGUUAUUGUUCAGUUCUCUAAUGGCAACCUGAGAAACACGGAGCAGCUGGACUUCAGCUUCUACAAGAACAUGGACGAGACCAACCCCAGGAAGAAGCACCGACGCAUGCUGGUUGCAGAAUCAGACAGACUCUCCUAUGUUGGGAAUAACUUUGGAACGGGAUCCCUAAAGUGCAACAACCUUUGCAAGUAUUAUGUGGGGGUGCUGAACAAGGAGACCAUGAGGAUGGAGGUGCACAGCGCUCAACUCUUCAACAUGCAGCCCAUCAUCCCAGGGGAGUCGUCUACAGCGAAUGAUGCGUCCCAGAACACAGAUCUAACAUACAGGGAGAAGGUGGACUCUCUGAUCGAGGCGUUUGGCACCAACAAGCAGAAGAGAGCUCUGAGCUCCAGGAGGCUGAACCAGGUGGGCAGUGAGACCCUGCAGAGUGCAGUAGCCAAGGCUGCCCACUCCGUCAUCGACCAGAAGGGCCUGGAAGCUCUGCAGCAGGAGGUGACUCAGACAGAGUCCCAGUCUGAAGUAUCUCAUUACCUUCCUCCCUGCUACCCCGACGCUGACACACCUCAACACGUCUACCUGUUUGACGACAUCCUGUCUCCAGUGGAGUAUGAUGCCCUGGAUGCUGCUGGUUCUAAGAUGGCCGCCCUGACCCCAGAGGAACUACAGAAGAUGACAGACGAUGGAGGGUGUCUGAGCGUGGUGCGUCAGUUGGAGACCCUGCCAAGAGAGGGCGUGGCCAGAGAGAGACGGGCGCGCUGUGCCUUCUACCUCCACCUGCUGCUCAGGCUGGCACGGCAGAAAAACAUCACUCGCAAGUUCGGGCAGGAGGAGGGCUGUCCUCAUAUCAUCCAGAAAAAGCUGAUGAGGACCUUCACCGUGGAGACCUUCAACAACGGCAGGGUGCAGAACGUGGUGUCCACGUCGAUGCGUGUGAAGGUGGCCGCGUACUGCCUGACCCUGCUGCUCCACAUGGGGGACAUGACCUCUGACCUCACACUGCUACACAGAGACCUGGGGGUCACAGAGAAAAGGAUCGUGGAGGUGGCCAAGUCGAUGGGGCUGACCCUGGUCAGACAUGCCUGUGUGAAGGGGGACGAUGCUGGGCCGACGGCUGAAAACAGACUGGCUUCCCUGGUGCUCCCCCUCGUCAAAUACCAACCGUUCUCAGAGAUACGCAAACGCAAAAGAAUGCGGUAGGGAAAGAGAGGAAGACGUUGGUAGGAAGCAAGAGAGAGAGAGAGGGGGGGAGAGGGGGGGAGAGAGAGAGAGAGAGGGGGGAGAGGUGUGCCUAAAUAUGACCUAGUAAGAGAGGGAGAUGGAUACUAGAGACCCUCACAAAGUAUUCUGGAAACAAAAUGAAACAUUUAACAUAAUAAAACAAGUCAAUUCAG